AUGAGCACAGAAGUAGUCUCUACGUCAAUAUCUCCUGUUAAAGAACAUACUGAAACGGUUACUAAAAUGGAUACAUCAAUAAAUGAUGUCGAACCACCAAAUCACGAAGAAACAGCAAUAAAUGGUGGCGAAGAAGAGGCACCAACAGAAACAAAAACAGGCAAACGAAAACGUUCAACCAAAAAGUCUGCUGAAACGGAUGAAAGUUCUACACCAAAUUCUCGUCCAAGACGUACACUACCAAAACGUGAAGAACCAACGACAACGAAUGUGAAUGGUAGUGCUAAAGCAAUUAAAACUAAAGUACAACGUAGUUCAGCAGAGCAAGCAGCUGCUGAUGCAGAUGAUGAACAAGAACGUGAUAAAAAUAUUCCCAUACUUCACGAUGUUGCUGAUGUUGUUUGGGUUAAAAUUGGUGGGCAUCCAUGGUGGCCAAGUCUUAUCAUUCGCGAUCCAAAUGAUGCAACGCGAUGCUUUACUAAAGUAUCCGGUAGUGCACGUGCAAAACGAAUGUAUUUCGUUGUUUUCUAUGGUUCAACAGCUGAUUUUGCAUGGGUUCCUGAUGCAGCUAUAAUACCUUAUCAAGGUGUUGAAGCUUUUACUAAAUAUGCGCAAGAAAUUGUUGAUAAAGCUCAAACAAAAUCUCAAAAAGAACAAUUAACAGAACGAUUUCAAUUGAAAGUUACUAUUGGUCGUCGUGAAGAUUGGGAAAUGGCUGUACGCGAAGCUGAUGAAACAAUUAAACAAACAAGUGAAACACGUCUAGAAGGAAUUGAACCAAAACUUCAAUUUUAUACAUCAAAAAUCACUACAUCAAAAACUCAACCUGGUCGCAAACCAAAAGGAUCAAUGGCAAAAUCAGAUGAUGCUUCUGAAUCAUCAAAUGCACCGACAUCAUCGAUCGAUGUUACUGAUCGGUCAUUACUUGCGGAAAAAACUUUCGAAUUCAAAUCUGAGGAUGAAUCAUCAAGUGAUACAACACCUGUCCGUAAGACACCAUCAGUUAAAAUAAAACUUAAAAAGCAAACAUCCCAUGAUGCUGAUUUUACAACAACACCGCCAGCUAAACGUCGCAAUGCACGCAAUUCAAAUGCACCAAAAGAUAGUGCAGCUAAUGGCUCAUCGAUUUCAUAUCAACAACGAACACCGACCAAUACUACUGAAGCAGCGCCCACCAAUGGAAAUAGUACAGGAAAGAAACGAGGACGACCACGUCUUAGUAAACCAUCGGUUAUAACAAAUGGUGAUGCUGAAAAAACCGAAUCAAAUGCGGAUACUACACCGAUUCCAACCAAAUCGACGACAGCAAAACCAUCUAUUACAAAACCACAGGCAUUUCGAAAUACGUCGAACCCCGUAUCAUCAUUAAAUACUAUUCUUGUUGGGCAACAUCAUCGUUUUGAUACACGUAUUGGUUUUCUUUCACCUUAUGAAGAACAAGAAAUAUUCGAUACAAUCGAUCGUAUACGUUCAAUAAAAACAUUCGAAGAAGCUGAACAAAUAGCUAAACAACGUUUUGAACAUAUAUUAUGUUUGAAUCUCAAUAAAACACAUGUUGAUAUUCCACAAGAAUGGUUUUACUCAUUUUUGUUCGCUCAUCCAAUCUUAAUUGUUAAAAAUCCACAUUGGUUCGAUGAUAAGAAAACAUCAGAUUCAUUGAUUGACAAUGACUUAUUGAAUGAUGUCAAUCGUACUCAAUCGUCGAGCAGUCUACAAGUAUUAAAACAUCAACUACUGAUCUUAUCAAAAUUAUAUCACAAUGAAUUACAAGUUCGUCAACCGGGCGUUCAUGCAAAUAAAUAA